AUGACCAACAAACCUUGCAAUGCGAAUGAUGAAGAUAUUGUAGACGGGAUGGUUGAAGUGGGAAAGCCACUCACUCAACCCACAUCGAUGUCGUACUGUCUCCAACGGAUUCGAUUGGGCGAGUUUUGCCGCGAAAUCACGGAUUGUGCUCCAUUUGGAAUGUCCGAUCCAGGAGGCCCGGACUAUGAACACACGAAACAGAUUGACAUUAAGAUUUGUGAAUUUGCUGAGAGUCUACCAUCGUUCUUUUCGCUGGACUUUAGGUCGGACGAGCUGCCAAAAUCUGAUCCUCGGAGAUCUCCUGGAAUAAUCAUCCAACGAUACAAAAUCAAUUUUCUGCUGCAUGCGCAAAGGUGCAGAUUUCACUUGCCUUACUUGUCGCGAGCGUCGAAGGAUCCUGCAUAUGAUUACUCACGCAAAGCAUGUCUGGAAGCUGCUCGAAUGGUGAUUCGAACCGAGCGCCAGUUUUCGGUGGAGGUGAUCCCCUUUGUGGCGGCGCGCCUGAAAUUUCCAGGCUUGCUACAUUGCAUCGGCAUGGCGAUUAUUGUUCUCCUCAUAGACUUUUGCGGGAGUGGUCAUCCGCAGGAAAAGGACAUAUCGGAAACUUUGGAAGCAUUUUCGAUUCUAGAAAAUGCGAAAGAGAAAUCUCCUCUUGCAGGAAAGUUGCUUGAAACUUUCAAGACGGCUCUUCGCCGGCACAGCGCUUCGGGUUCAGCUGCUGGGGGGAAUACAACAACGCAAUCCACUGUUCAAGAUCCCGAGGCUGCGUCAGGAUUUGCCUGUGGCUCUCUAGCACCUACAAGCAUGGUAUAUCCGACAGGCAGUAACAUCGAUGACUUCCUAAUGGACCCUACUUUGCCUGCUCUAGAUGACCUCUGGCAGAUAUUCGAUGACAAUGUCGACCCAGGAACAAUGGACUGGAGCAGCUUCUUUACCGAGUCAAAUACUGCAUUUCUGUCAAUGUAG